AUGUCCCAAGUAUGGUUGCCGCAAAAUGCCUGCACAGGGGAGGAGCUGAGUGAGAAACCAAGGCCGAAGGGGUCAGAGAAGUUUCAGGGAAGAUGCUUGCAUGGGGCCUGGGUUGGGCAGUGGCUCUCUGUACGGAGGAGGGGGUCACAGCACGUCAAGUCGGGCUGGGAGAACACGCAAACGUGGCGCUUAAAAAGUACUGAGUCGGAGCACACUGUUUCAACUACAAGGGGAGCGCAAGGCCAAAGCGGUGUGCGCGAGGGCGUCCCCGAGGCGGGAGAGGCGGGGUGUCUCGCGCCUCCUCACCAUGGCCCCGAGACAACCAACCAACAGUACCAGGCCCGAACAGAGCACCAAGAGCAGGAGAGACAGAAGGGACCGCGCCAUCGGGUGAGGGGCGGAGGAACACGGAGGCCCUGCGGCUCUGCCCGGGCGGCUCCGCCCGGGCGGCUCCCGCGCCACCUAGGGGCUUGGCCCCGCCCCGUGCUCGUUACCUCGCGAGAUUUCGCGCAGGCCUCCCUCUUUCGUCUCGGCAGCCGACAUGGUAGGUGGGCCCUUUCUUGCCUCCGCUUCCUUGCCGGCCGGGGUUUCGCGCUCUUCUCCCGUGGCUCCGCGGCCACCUGCUCCGGACGUUGGCUAGGUUCUCCUGGCAGCGCAUGGUCGCCCGGAGAGCAGGAUGGCGGGCGUGAGCCUGAGGCGGAGCUGGGAGCCUGGGGCCGCGUGUCCGACCCGGCGUUCGGAUCUCGAACUGCUGCACGCGGGCCGGGGUGCGGCCCCGGGCGAGACUGCAACUUCAGCUUUGCCGAACUUGCUAGAGAGCAGGCCCUUGUCCCCCCAGGCCUGCCGCCCUCUCAGGGUGCCAGGCAUUGGCCCCUGCUCGCUUUCCUUCGGCCUUACCACCGGGAUCUUUUCCCCACACAGCCAUCCAGACUGAGGAAGACCCGGAAACUGCGCGGCCACGUGAGCCACGGCCACGGCCGCAUCGGCAAGCACCGGAAGCACCCAGGAGGCCGAGGCAAUGCGGGUGGCAUGCAUCACCACAGGAUCAACUUUGAUAAAUAUCACCCAGGUUACUUCGGGAAAGUUGGUAUGAGGCAUUACCACUUAAAGAGGAACCAGAGCUUCUGCCCAACUGUCAACCUUGAUAAGCUGUGGACGUUGGUCAGUGAGCAGACACGGGUAAAUGCUGCCAAGAACAAGACUGGAGCUGCUCCCAUCAUUGAUGUGGUGCGGUCGGGCUAUUACAAAGUUCUCGGGAAGGGAAAGCUCCCAAAGCAGCCUGUCAUCGUGAAGGCCAAAUUCUUCAGCAGAAGAGCUGAGGAGAAGAUUAAGGGCGUGGGGGGAGCCUGUAUCCUGGUGGCUUGAAGCCACACGGUUCAUUAAAUGCUAGCAAAUGCUUUUC